AUGGCUACGUUUGUAUGCAGGGUACAGUUCUUAGAUGAUACUGAUCCAUUCAACAGCACCAAUUUUCCUGAGCCGACCAGACCGCCUCAGUACACUUUCAGGGAAGAUAUCCCCCUUAUCAAUCAGAUUGCUGGAGUCCACAGGCUUCUCAAAGCCCCACACAAGCUUGAUGACUGUGCCCUCCAGCUCUCCCAAAAUGGGAGCUACCUGGACUUGGAGUCUACCCUGGCAGAACAGAGAGAUGAACUCGAGGGCUUUCAGGAGGGAGGAAGAGGCAAGAAGCACAGCAUCAUCCUCCGGACACAGUUAUCUGUCAGAGUUCACGCUUGUAUCGAGAAACUCUACAACUCAAAUGGACGAGAGCUGAGGAGAGCCCUGUUUUCCCUCAAGCAGAUCUUUCAGGAUGACAAGGACCUGGUCCAUGAGUUUGUGGUGUCUGAAGGACUGACAUGUCUAAUCAAGGUCGGGGCUGAAGCAGACCAGAACUACCAGAAUUACAUCCUCAGGGCUCUGGGACAGAUCAUGCUGUAUGUGGAUGGAAUGAACGGCCUCAUAAGUCACAACGAAACCGUCCAAUGGCUUUACACACUCGUUGGAUCCAAGUUCCGUCUGGUAGUGAAGACAGCUCUGAAACUGUUACUGGUGUUUGUGGAGUACACUGAACCCAACACUGCCCUGCUCAUCCAUGCUGUCAACACCGUGGACACCAAGAGAGGCUGUAAGCUGUGGUCCAAUGCCAUGGAGAUUCUGGAGGAGAAGGAUGGGGUGGACACAGAGCUGCUGGUGUAUGCCAUGACCCUCAUCAACAAGACUCUAGCGGGCCUGCCUGACCAGGACUCAUUCUAUGACGUGGUGGACUGUUUGGAGGAGCAGGGCAUGGAGGCCAUGUCUCAGAGACACCGUAGCAGGAAGGGAACAGACCUGGACCUCAUGGAGCAGUUUAACAUUUACGAGACUGCUCUUCGCCACGAGGACGGGGACGACGAGAGCCAGCCGCCUACCGUGGGUCGGAAGAACCGGCGGCGUGCCAGCGUGGGGGGCACCAACGACCGGCGAGGCCUGGAGAGGAGACGCAGCCGGAGACACUCCCUCCAGAAUGGGAGAGGCCUCACCUCGGCCCCCGCUUCUCCCAGCAGCCCUCACUCUCACGGGGGACACAACGGUAGCUUUCUGCCCUUCGGAGGUCAGGGCAUCGACGACGUUAGCGAAAGAAACACUGGCUCUAACCCCCAGGAUGUCUCUCCCAGUCCCAGAUCUACUUCCCUGGUCAUAGCUCUGGGCUGGGGGAGACUGCCAGGCACUGCCCACCCUCUGGGCCAACAGCACAGCACCUCUGUACCCUCCUCUUCCUCCCUCUCCUGCUCCUCCUCCCCCUCGAGGGGACGUAGUCAGUCCUACCUCCAACCGCCCAAGCCCCUCCCCCACCCCCUCCCACUCCCCCCUGACGUGGACCUGAGCCAGGUGUCUGCCUCUGCUGGGGCCGAGGAGUGUGUUGAGAGGGGCGUGGCCAGACAACAGCGCUACAGCCGACACAUAGGCCACGUCAUGGCGCUCCCUGGCAGGUCCCAGGGUGUAGCCAGCGCCCCCACCACCCCUGUACACCGCUCCCAGGGUGUUGCCAGCGCCCCCACCACCCCUGUACACCGCACCUUUGCCACCUCAGGGGCCCCACAGCUGGACUCCAAGCCUGACAGACCUUCUCUGGGGAGCUUGUUGUCCUCCUCCUACAGACAACACCAGGAGUCUCUGACUGCAGAGAGAGAGAGGAGGAGACAAGAGAGGGAGGAACGACUGCAGAAAAUCGAGAGGGAGGAGAGGACCCGCUUCAAUCGGGAUUACAUGGACAAGAGGGAAGAGACAAGACAGGCCAGAGAAGAGAGAUAUAAGUGUGUUGAGAGGCUCGCAGCAGAGGAGUAUGAGAAAGAGAGAGAGCGCGCGAGAGCGCCACCUAGGGGGCGCACAGAGAUCACCCUGAGUCUGAGCCCCACCCCCUCCAGUCGCUCCGCCUCCCCCCGCUGUGCCACGCCCUCCUCCAUCGCCUCUCCGGAAGACGCUGGCCCCAUUCCAUCCCAGACAUCCCAGACGCAGGGAAGUGAAGUAGACGUAGAGCCAAGCCGUGACCUUCAGACUAGAACUACAAGUCCAGCGCCAGAGUUAAUAGUAUCAGGACCUUCUCCAGAACCCACAGAGCCCCCCUCCCAAACCCCCUCGGCGCCAGGCGAGGAGCAGGCAGAGACAGAGACGCAGACAGAGAAGCAGGAAGUAGCUGAAGUUGAGCCCAAGCAGGAAGUACUAGAGCUAGUGGAGUUAGUGGUAGAUGAACAGACACAGGGUAAAGAGCAGGAAGAAAGUGAGGAGGAGGAGGUGGAGGAGGAGGGAAAGAGGGAGCAGGCUGCGUCGGAGGAGAGGGAGGUGGAGGAGAGACUGGUCCUCCUCAGUGAGAAGGAGAGGCAGAACGAGGAAGUGAAUGAGAAGGAUAACUGUUCUGCCUCCAGUAUCUCCUCAGCCAGUAGCACUCUGGAGAGAGAGGAGAGGGAGGAGAAAGUCAACAGCAACCAUGAACCAGGUACCAGCUGCCCACCAUGCAUUAAGGAGGAAGACGUGAAUGGGCAGUGCAGCAAGAUCCUCAACAGCAAGCGCUUCAUGCUGGACAUGCUCUAUGCCCAGAACAAGACCACUGCCGACGAGGACGAAGAGAAGGCGGGAGAGACGGAACAGACUGAGAAAUGCAAAGAGGGGAUGGAGACGUCAUCACUGGAGGGUCAGGACGGGUCGUCGGUGGCCAGCCUAGCCAGUCGUAUCUCUACACUUGAGGCCAGCAGGCAGGCCUGCGAGGAGAAUGUCAAGAAGAUGGAGGUGCAACACCUGGAGAACCAGGGGAGCGUCAGGGCCGUGGCCGAGAAAUUUGGAGACCUUCAGCAGGGGCAGCUUCAACCUGAUAAAGACAAAGCUCCUCCGGCCCCGUCCUCCUCUCCCCUACCUCCGAAGAAGGAGUCAGAUUAUAUCUGGGACCAACUGAUGGCAGCCCCCAGGGAGCUGCGUAUUAAAGAGAUGGACUUUACAGACCUGGCAGACGAGGAUGAUCUGGACAUCCUAGACGUGGACAGUGUGCUGAUGGGCUCCAGUGACCUGAUGAUCCCUCCCCCUCCUCCCUGUCUCUCCGCCCUGCCCCCUCCCCCUCCCCUGGGCCUGUUUGGCUGCCCCCCACCCCCUCCUGUCCCUGGCAUGAUGCCCCCUCCCCCGCCCUUCAUGCCCCCCGGACCCGCCCAGCCCUACCCGGGGUCCCCCCAGCUGAGCCGGGGGACAGGGGAGCCCCCUCUGUUCCAGAAAAAGAAGAAGACUAUCCGUCUCUUCUGGAACGAGGUAAGGCCCAUGGACGGCCAGUACAGGAACCACAAGCGUUGUAGAGAGUCUCUCUGGUCCAAACUGGAGCCGGUCAAAGUGGACACGUCCAAGCUGGAACACCUGUUUGAAACAAAGUCCAAGGAGCUGCCUGUUACCAAGAAAACAGCAGUGGAUGGGAAACGACAAGAGAUUAUUGUCCUGGACUCCAAACGGAGCAAUGCCAUCAACAUCGGGCUGACCGUCCUCCCCCCUCCCCGCACCAUCAAGACAGCCAUCCUCAACUUUGACGAGUACGCUUUGAACAAGGAGGGGAUCGAGAAAAUCCUGACGAUGAUCCCCACGGAGGAGGAGAAGCAGAGGAUCCAGGAUGCUCAGCUGGUGAACCCUGACGUCCCCCUGGGAUCAGCAGAGCAGUUCCUCCUCACCCUGUCCUCCAUCACGGAGCUGUCCGCCCGGCUGCAGCUCUGGGCCUUCAAGAUGGACUACGAGGUCACGGAGAAGGAAGUGGCAGAGCCUCUGCAGGACCUUAAGGAAGGGAUGGACCAACUGGAGAAGAACAAGACGCUGCGUUACAUCCUGUCCACGCUGCUGGCUAUAGGCAACUUCCUUAACGGAUCCAACGCGAAGGGCUUUGAGCUGGGUUACCUGGAGAAGGUUCCGGAGGUAAAGGACACGGUUCAUAAGCAGUCUCUACUGCACCAUGCCUGUUCCAUUGUGGUGGAGAAGUUUCCAGACAGCUCAGACCUGUACUCUGAGAUAGGAGCCAUCACCCGCUCGGCUAAGGUGGACUUCGACCAGCUCCAAGACAACCUGAGCCAGAUGGAGCGACGCUGCAAAGCAUCGUGGGACAACCUCAAGGUCAUCGCCAAGCACGAGAUGAAGCCUGCGCUCAAACAGAAGAUGUCUGACUUCCUAAAGGACUGUGCAGAGAGAAUCAUCAUAUUGAAGAUAGUCCAUCGGAGAAUUAUCAACCGGUUCCAUGCCUUCCUGUUGUUCCUGGGCCAUCCAGCGUACGCUGUGCGGGAGGUCAGCAUCCACCGCUUCAGUAAGAUCCUCAGUGAGUUUGCCCUGGAGUACCGGACCACGCGGGAACGCGUCCUGCAACAGAAACAGAAGAGGGCCAACCACAGAGAGAGGAACAAGACCAGAGGAAAGAUGAUCACAGAUGAUGGAAAGUUUGGCGGUAGCGCCCCGGGGCCUGUAAGCCAGGAGGGCGUGCUGACGCAGGGUCUGCAGUACGCAGAGGAUGCAGCGGAGCAUGAGAACAUGAAGGCAGUGCUGAAGAGCAGUUUGCAGGGCUGCAGUGACAGUGGAGCGUCCACCGUGCCAGGCCUACGUACACGCACCAGAGCCAGCAGACCAGGCCGUGUGGGUCCUUGGGGCUCAUCAGUGAUUGAAGACCCACCUAAUUGCACAGACGCUGCAGAUGAGAUCAUGGAGCGCAUCGUCAGGUCAGCCACUCAGGGGCCCAGGACACGGACAGAGCCUCGCGAGAGGAAGAGGUCCAGAGCCAACCGCAAGUCACUGAGAAGAACACUGAAAAGCGGUCUGACGCCAGAGGAGGCCAAUGCCUUGGGGUUGUCCAGUGGUUCAGAGAUGGCUGUGUGACAGGAAGAGAAGUAGAGCUGGAUCCGGCAGCACAGCACACACAGACACCUGGGAAACCCUCUUACCGCCCUUCACUGACCCCUGACCUCUAACCCCUGCUCAUCCAGCCAGCCCGUCAACCGCUGCACCAUAGCUUAGCUUGGUAUUUCCCCUGGUUCAGCUUUAUGAUGACUGUAGCUCACCUUUCUGUCUGUGGUUUGUGCAGGUAGCUGUGACACAGUGUGUCACCUGGUUAAGAUGGUAAACAAUGUUCAGGAAGAGACCAUGAGGAAUAUGGUCCUCACCCAGGAUAAUAGAUGGUUUUCA